GUUGAUCAGUGGCAGCCGAUCGGUCGGUAGAAGAAAGCGCGUCGCGAGCUCAGAAAUAAAAUCGAACCCACAGAAAGUGCCGGUGCAUAAAGUGUGUUGAAUAAACCAAAAUGAAAGCCUUCAUUAUCGCCGGAGUGUGUGUGUUGAGCGUGCUGAGUCUGGGAUCUGCCCAGUUCCAGAAUGGCCGCCUGGAACCACCAAAUCCGCAACUCUGUGCCCAGCGUAUCAUUCACGAGAGGACACCCGACGGCAAGGGUUACUUCUUCUCGUGGCGCGAUCCCCAGCUGAAGGGCGUGGAGGAGGACUGGCUGACCGCCAGGAACUUCUGCCGCAGGCGCUGCAUGGACUCCGUUUCUCUGGAGACCAGCCUGGAAAAUGAGUGGAUCAAGCAGUUCGUGGUGCGCGAGAAUGUGAAGUACAUCUGGACCAGCGGCCGCUUGUGCGACUUCAAGGGCUGCGACCGCCCCGACCUGCAGCCCACGAACAUCAACGGCUGGUUCUGGACCGCCACCCUGCAGAAGUUGGCCCCGACCACGGAGCGCAACCAGGGUGACUGGUCUCCCACCGGAGGCAUCGGCCUGCCGCAGCCUGACAACCGCGAGUUCAAGCAGAUCGGAUCCACGGGAGCUCCCGGGGCUCCGGAGAACUGCCUGGCCCUGCUGAACCAGUUCUACAACGACGGAGUCAACUGGCACGAUGUGGCAUGCCACCACAAGAAGUCCUUCGUCUGCGAGGAGAACGACGCCCUGCUGAAGUACGUGCGCUACACAAACCCCAAUCUGCGCAUCUAGAGGGGACUUGGAUGGGGAUAAGGACGAGGACUGGCUAAAGGAAGGACCAGCGACUCUCCAACUAAAACCAAAAAUGAUAUUCUCUACGAAGAUACGAUGUCUGCUCUCCGAUCGUCUUUCAAUGCAUUCAGUUUUCUGGCUAAAUGGCUGCGUGACAUUUGAUCCUUUUCCUUGGUAACAACCUUCCAAAUCUCUCUGCUCUAUUCUGUCUCAUCAGCUAGUUUAAUUUUUAAUUUUGUAUUAAUUUAUGAUUUUCUUUAAUUAUAAAAAAAGAUUCGAAACGAUUUUU